AUCAUUCAAUUCCAUUCACUUGUUUCAGCUCUUUUACCGAUUCUAUAAUAAAAAUUAAUAAUGAAAUAUUAAUUUUGUGUUAUAAUUUUAGGUAACGGCCUUUAAAAUAUAUCAUAACUCACCCACUGUAUUUUUUAUAUAAUUUUAUUACAAAGUUUAUGAGCUGAAAUCUAUUAUAUUUACUUAUAUGAAAAUAAUUCCAAUACAGUAAACAAGUUAGUUGCAUCACUUCUAUCGUUACAUACAUUCCACAGAAAACUGCUUUUAUUUUGAUCAUCUUUAUUUCAUAAUAAGUGGAAAACUGUGCCACGUUAUACAAGUAGUGUUAGACAGGAUUCUAUACAAAAUAGAAACAACUUUUCGUUUCCUACGGAUAGGUAAAAUGAAGUUGUUCUUUCAAUGUUUGUUUUCACCAAGGCUCUACAAAAUUUACAGAGAUGGAUCAUCUGAUACUAUGUACCAACCAUUACGAUUGGAGAAAUUGGCUGACAAAGUAAUUACUUCGGCGCAUACAAUGAUGAACAUAGCAAUAUACACAUCACCAUUUAUUUGCAUGUAUAUUUAUAAACGAGGAUUCAGUGUAAUAGAGGAGAACAAAUAUGCAUUAGUCCGUUUCUUUGGUGGCAUUGGAUGUCUUCUAGCAUUGUCCUAUGUGAUCAGGGGACUCGGCAGAUUUUAUAAUCAGAAAUAUGUUGAUUUUGUGAAAGCAUUAAAGAGCCCAAUGACUGAUAAAGGAUCAUAUUUAGAAGGAAUUAGGAAAUAUGAUUUUGAGUUUUAUGCUUGGCCAACCACAUUCAUCAUGCCUCCGAAAUCUAGUCCACCGUUAUUGCAGAAGAAUCCAUUUACGAAUUGCGCCAACAGCGAUCGCCCUCUGUAUCAGCGGCUGCCCAUACAGGUGUUAGCGUUUAUCGCUACACACGCGUUUGGAUUGCGCCUUAUCUACCCAGGAUCCCUUGGAGUGAUAUCCAAUUUAUUUUGGAACCCAUUGUUUCAAGGUAGAACUCAAUUAGUAGAACAGUUUAAUGGGCAACGUACAAAAUUGAAGACAGCAGAUGGUAACACCAUUGAUACAAUGUUUGUUGAUCAUCGGAAUCAAUCCACAAAAGGCAAAUACUUAGUAGUAUGCUGCGAAGGGAAUUCGGGUUUCUAUGAAAUUGGCAUCAUGGCUACACCAAUGAAAGCUGGCUAUUCAGCAUUGGGCUGGAAUCAUCCAGGAUUUGCUGGGAGUACGGGACUCCCAUACCCGUCUCAAGAGCAGAAUGCAAUAGAUGCAGUGAUGCAAUAUGCUAUCAACGAGCUUAACUUUCAACCUGAAAAUGUGGUGAUGUUCGGAUGGAGUAUUGGUGGAUACUCUGCCACAUGGGCCGCUAUCAACUAUCCUGUGAAGGCAUUGGUGUUAGACGCAACAUUCGACGACCUUCUGCCGCUCGCUCAGAAUGUGAUGCCGUCAUCCUGGUCGCUGUUGGUCAAAGAGGUUGUACGCUCGUACGUGGACCUCAAUAUUGUAGAAAUGUUGAAAAAAUACACUGGUCCAGUGCACUUGGUCAGGAGGACUGAAGACGAAGUCAUCUGUCUUAUACCCGGCGUGACAUCGACUAACCGUGGCAACUAUUUAGUAAUGAGUCUAAUUGAACACCGUCACCCGUUCGAAGAUAGUGAAAACGAAGCAGCUUGGAAAAAAGCGCUCCAUAGUCACGUGGAAAAUUUAGAGGCGAAACGUCCAUUUGUGGACUCCGGCGAUCUUACUAUCUACGACAUUAGGGCGAUGACACUGAUAUCAAAGUACAUGAGUGACUACCAGUCCACCCACUGCGUUCCUCUGCCUGCGGAACACUUCGAGUCCGUCAUGAAUUUUAUCAAUACAUCAAAGUACAACAAUCAAGCGAAGCUCUGAAAAUCUAGGCCAAAAGUACAGUGAACAUAAUUUUUUUAUUUGUGGCUUGAAAUAUUUGUGCGUUUUGUUAUAUUUCACGUGAUUCUGCUCGCUGGACUUGUCAGGGAUAUUUUUUCUCGUAACGUCACAUGUGAAACACGUAGACCAGUGGGAUCACUGUUGGUAGUUUGUAAGUCAGGAUUAGCAAUGUUUCUAGGGUUUAAUGCUGAUUUUUUGUAAUAGAAAAGUUUCAAAUUUUUAUUAUCAAUUGCAAUUGAAUUAAUUAUUUAUUGUUAUAAUUAAAUGUUAUAUGUGUAAUUUAAAAAAACAAUUUGUAUUACCUUUAUAAGCAUGUUUAUGGGUGUAAAAAAAAACAAUAGAAUACAUUUGACAUAUAUGCAUAAGAUAUAUGAAUUUUUAAUUAAUAUUAUAUAGAUGUAUUUUCAUCACUAAAAGUGAUUGACAACUAAAUGAUUGGUGGGAAUUCACUCUAAUUAAUUAAUUUAUGUAAUUUAUUUGUGUGGUGCGUUUCUUUUUUCCAUUUAUAUUUUGUAUGAGGUUACAAUCUUUGUAUUAUAUUAUUCUGAUUAAUGGGCGAUUCCAGUUUAUUCUGUUUUUAAAACUAUAUUUUAUAUACAAAGAAAAUUAAAAAUUUCUGUGAGAUGGCUAAUGUGAAACUUCCAAAACUUUUUCUUGAUGGAUAACUUGCAUUUCAGGACUGUUUUUUUUUAUAUUUAUAAUGCAUAGAGAUUAUAGUGGUAACUGGAUUGAUCCAUAAGAAUUAUAUUUUAUUUUGAAUUGGGUUUAUCAAACUGUGAUUAGUUAUAAAUUUUAACCACCCUUUUUAUCUGGCUGCAAUAUGAUUUUAUUAUUUACCCCUUUUGGAAUUUUUAUCUAAUAAAAUUAUGGUGUUGAUGUAUUUUCUAUUAUUUUAUCGGUGUAAAAUUCUUAAAUGUUUAGCAUGGUGAAAACUAGAUUAAAAUCUGGCACACAAAUGGUUUAGAGUCAUUAUUGACUGCAUUUUUAUGUAUUAAUGUUAUUUGGUGUGGUUGCGUGAAUUUAUGUGGGUCUCAAAACUCAGUAUAUUUUAUGAUAUUGUAAUAUAGCAUUUAAAAUAUUUUGGCAAUGGAAAAUUCAAUAUUCAUGUGUAUAGAAUUAAGAAUAAAAUCAUUAAUAAAUAUGUUCAUCAUAGAA